AUGAAGAAACCCAGGAGUCACCGUUCGUCCCGGUCACGCCGCCGUAGCGAACGCUUCGCCACGAACCUCCGAAAUGAGAUCCAGCGCAAGAAGGCCCAGUUGUCGAAGAGCAAAGGCCCAGGAGGGCUGCUCUAUGGCAGGGACACGGUCGAGGAAGAAGAGGGUCCUGACCUGGAGGACCUCCAGAGGGAAGAGGCUGACGACCUCAAUCCGCCUGCCCAGGAAAGGUGCUCCCAAGACGGGGACACCUUGUCCGACGCCAGCCGAUCAGCUCCAGCCCCUGGAAGUCUGAGUCUACUGGCUUUUACUUCCACACCCCAGCUCCACCAGCCAUCCCCACCCCCAGUUUCAGCUCUGCAACCCCCCAGGGAUGAAGAUCCCGAACCACCAGAGAACCAAGUCCACGCUUCAGACCCAUCCAGGACCACCCAGAAGUUGGAUCCAGCCAUGCCCAGCUGCGAUGUGGGAAUCCGGGUCGUGGAGGAGCUAGCUCCAGCUGGUAUGGCUCGCCGAUGGAGGUGGACGCCCGAACACAAUCUCCAACCGGAAAUGGACACUGACCGUCAGGGCGAGAGGGUCAGAGGGGCCCUGGGGGUGUCAGGACGGGAAAGAGCAGCCUCCACCUCCUCCUCUUCUUCUUCCACCACCACUCAUUCUUCUCGUACGGAGGAGUGCGAUAUUCUUCCUUUCGCGGAUCGUUGUAAGUUCUUUGAGGAGACCAGUAGGAGUAUGUCGGUGUCGAAUCUCCCAGGCCUGACGAGUCGAAGACAGAGGCCAGAUAGACAUGGCAGGCAGCCUCAUCCGUCCACGCUGGAAAACCAGGGAGGGGGCUACGGACAGGGACAAGCCCAGCGGAGGUACUCGUACCAGGGGGGAAUCCAGCAGGAAAGUCUCCUAUCGAUUACUGCCAUGGCGACCCGGAGACAAUUGGUUAGCAGCAACAGGGAGAGAGAAAGGGAGAGAGAGGGAGAAGGAGAGCGAGAGGCAGAAGGAGAGCGAGAGGCAGAAGGAGAGCGAGAGGCAGAAGGAGAGCGAGAGGGAGAAGGAGAGGCAGAAGGAGAGAGCAAGGGAGAGAGAGGAUAUGGAGAGGGAAAGAGGGGAGAGGGAAAGAGAGCAGGAGAUGGGGCUUGAAAGGGGACAGAGAGAGGGAGAGAGAGGAAGAGAGACAAAGAGAGGAGAAGGCUAGACUGAGAGAGAUGGAGAGACAAAGAGUGAAGGAGAGAGAGGAGGACAGGCAAAGAGAGGAGAGGGCUAGACUGAGGGAGAUGGCGAUGGAGAGAGAAAGAGAGAAGGAGAUUGAGCUGGAGAGACAAGGAGAGAGGGAGAUGGAGCGAGAGAGACAAGGAGAGAGGGAGAUGGAGCGAGAGAGACAAGGAGAGAGGGAGAUGGAGCGAGAGAGACAUGGAGAGAGGGAGAGAAAGUCACUCAGUUCAGCUCGGACUCAGCUCCAGACCCACUCCUACCCCUAUCCCCAAGCCCAGAUCGAGGCCCCUCGUUCAGCCUUCCAACCGGUCAACACCCCUCUCCUCCAGGACAACCAGACUCCACAUCAGGGGUACCCACCAUGGGGCUACACACCAACAGAGGCAAGUAUAGCCUACUGUUAUAGAGGACAUAGACAGUAUCUUCUACAGUAUUUGAAGAUGCCCACAGUAUUAAAUGGGUCCAGAUGUGAAUGAGGAUGUAGUGUAUUGAAGCUUGCUUGGCCUUGCCUGAAGCACCCUAAGGAAGGAGGAUGGUUGGCCGAUACCAGAGGAUACAAAGACGCACACACACACACACACACACACACACACACACACUUGAGGGGUUUUUAUCAACUGAUUCCAGUCUUUGAGAUGGGAACUGAAUCUACAUGCAUUUUAUUAUUAAUCUGUCCCCCAAGUUGAGUUUUUCUACAACAGAUGUUUGGAAACCCUUUAUAACAUCUCCUCUGUAGCCUGGAUGAAAUAGCUCCUCUCCCCCUCUAUAGCCUGGAUGAAAUAGCUCCUCUCCCCCUCUAUAGCCUGGAUGAAAUAGCUCCUCUCCCCCUCUAUAGACUGGAUGAAAUAGCUCCUCUCCCCCUCUAUAGACUGGAUGAAAUAGCUCCUCUCCCCCUCUAUAGCCUGGAUGAAAUAGCUCCUCUCCCCCUCUAUAGACUGGAUGAAAUAGCUCCACUUCCCCUCUAUAGCCUGGAUGAAAUAGCUCCUCUCCCCCCUCAUAGGCCUGGCAUUGAAAUAGCUCCUCUCCCCCUUCUCCCCAGACGAUAGCCUAGAUGGAAAUAGCUCCUCUCUCUUUGUAUAGCCAGGGAUGAAAUAAUAGCCUCCUCUCCUACUUUUUGUCCAUUAAUCUCCUCCCUGUCUUUGGUAGAUGUGUUUGAAUUAUUGUUCAAACCUAAGUAGCCUCCUAAUCAUCACUUUUUAGAAGCUUUUCAAAGACGGUAAUGAGUGUUGUUAAUGAAUGUGUUCCACAGGAGUAUCCUGCGCCAUCCCGGCCGUUACCACGGGAACAGACACAAAUCAACAGGAAGAUCAGUCCUACGAGAGGAGGUCACGUCAUCUGUCAGCUAUCUCUCUUCUCUCUCUCGAUCUCUCUCUUCUCUCCUCUCUCCGGCUUCGAUCUGAUCUCUCUCUAUCUAUCGUCUAUCUCUCUCUGCUCUCUCUCUCUCUCUCUCUCUCUUCUCUCCUCUCUCUCUCCUCUCUCUCUCUCUCUCUCUCUCUCUCCCCUCCAUGUUAUGAUGACAGUCUAAUGGUUGUCCCUAUGGGAGAAUUAGAGAAGGCUUCCAUUCUCAGAUCUGGCUAGGAAUACAGUGUAGUUAGUUAGAAACAUUUCACUCACUCACUUACAUUCUCACUCUCUCUCUCUCUCUCUCUCUCUCUCUCUCUCUGUCUCUCUCUUUCUCUCUCUCUCAGGGACUACCCGCAGUACAGACGUGAUUCCUGCACCAGGCCACCAGAUUGCGCUUUAACAGUUACACCAGACCAAUACCAGCACCACCCGGGUGGAGGUGGUUGGAGCUGCAGGCUGUCUGCCUUUAGUAUGGAUGACCACACAUCUUCAUCAUCAUCUUCAUCACAAAGAAGCAGGGCCAUGUUGGAGAACAAUCUAUGCUUUGACUCCACAUACUGCCGUGCUUCACCCUCAGUUGCUACAGAGACACCGCUUUCAGAGCUGGAGGAGGGAGGCGGGGUUGGUGGAGUGGGAGGAGCUCGGGGAGUGGUUGCCAGGAAGAAAACCCCACCCCCUCCCAGGCCGCCUCCCCCCAAAUGGGAGGAGUUCCACCGAAGGAGAGCGUCCCACCACACCCUCUCCUCCUCCUCCACCACGUCAUCCGUCCAUCCGUCGGUAAACCCCACCUCCCCUCCUCUCCCUUUCACUCCACCAGAGGGUCCACCCUCUCACCCUUCUCACACCCCCUGUCCCACCGAAACGUCCAAAAUGACACGUCAGCGCUCCUACAGCGUCCCGCCUCAGAGGGAGGAGCUAGAGGGGUGCCAGCGCUGUAGCCUGAGCCAGCUCCAAGAACGCCCCUUUUCACAAGCCCCGCCCAGUCCUGGGUUCACACGCAGGACCUUCCGGCCGGUGGCUCCGCACCAUAGAGAGAGAGACACACCCACUCGCCAUAACGACUCACUGCCCCCUCUACCACCAUCAGACAACACUGCCAGGUGAGAAGGAGAUGGAGACCACACACACACACACACACACAUACACACACACACACACACACACACACGCUUAACCCUAUUGUCAUCCCACUCCAGGCUAUGCAACAUGGAUGAUCAAGAUCGCUCUGCUGUGUUGAAGCCCAUCUCUCAUAGACAGCAGAGGACCGGGGCUGAGUGGGAGAGAACUCCAUCUCCCAGGAUGCAUAGCGUCUCAGCCCUACCCACCAUAGAGAAUGGCGCUAUCUCUCCAGAGUCCUACUUCGCUAUGAGCUACAAGCAGCAGCAACAGAACAGUAGAAGAUUCCGGAAUCACCCCCACAACAACAACAACAACAACAGUAAGGAACACCAGAAAUCUAAUUCUGUAAAGUGACAACUGCUGAUGUAAAAAGGGCUUCGUAUAGUACGGUUGAUUGAUUCAAUGUUUAACUGAUUGAUUCCCAUUCCAGAACCAGAAUUGGAACCAGAGUUGGAACAGGAAGUGGACAUCCCCAUGGAAACAGACAUUGACGACUUCCAGGAGGAGGGGCUUCCUGAGAAUGAAGAGCCAAUCAGGACAGAGCUCCAGUGUUUUGCUCUGCCUGUCACGGUGUGUGACAGGCUUCACUGUGCUGCUAAGGAGUGGGGUGAAGUUGCCCCUAUAUGCUGAUCUUAGGUCAGAUUUUCAUUUUCCCCUCUAAUAGUUAAAGAAGUCCUCCAGUGAUAGGAUUGGGGGAAGGGAAGCUGAUCCUAGAUCUGUACCUAGACAAACUUCACCCCUGAGCGUGCUGCUAACUUCUAUAACUAUAGCUUAGUUCACUGUCCCCUUACUGGGCUUAAACUAGUGUUCCUCUGCUCCGCAAACACGUGACCGCCCGCUUCAUAACAAACACGUGACCGCCCACUUCAUAAAACACGUGACCACCCCACUUCAUAAGAAACACGUGACCGCCCACUUCAUAACGAAACACGUGACCGCCCCCACUUCAUAAAAACACGUGACCACCCACUUCAUAAGAAACACGUGGACCGCCCGCUUCAUAAGAAACACGUGGACCGCCCCCCCACUUCAUACAAACACGUGACCGCCCACUUCAUAAAACACGUGACCGCCCACUUCAUAACAAACACGUGACCGCACUAAACACGGACCCCACUUCAUAACAAACACGUGACCGCCCACUUCAUAAAAAACACGUGUCCGCCCACUUCAUAACAAACACGUGACCGACCCACUUCAUAACAAAACACGUGACCGCCCACUUCAUAACAAAACAGUGACCGCCCACUUCAUAACAAACACGUGACCGCCCACUUCAUAAAAAACACGUGACCGCCCACUUCAUAACAAACACGUGACCGCCCAGCUUCAUAACAAACACGUGACCGCCCACUUCAUACAAAAUGACGCCCACUCAUAACAAACACGUGACCGCCCACUUCAUAACAAACACGUGACCGCCCACUUCAUAACAAACACGUGACCGCCCACUUCAUAACAAACACGUGACCGUCCACUUCAUAACAAACACGUGACCGCCCACUUCAUAACAAACACGUGACCGCCCACUUCAUAACAAACACGUGACCGCCCACUUCAUAACAAACACGUGACCGCCCACUUCAUAACAAACACGUGACCGCCCACUUCAUAACAUACUAGCCAGUUGCGCCACUAAACACUUAGCAAUUCGGCGACGCAAGUGGAGACAUUUUAAGCUGCGGAGUGAGCUCACCGGUUACGAUCUUAACUCUACUACAGGUUCUGGAGACAGACAUCGAUACGCUGCCUGACCAGGAGGCCUCGCCGGCGGGUAGGAAGACGGCAGAGAGUGGGUCCCUGGAUGGGGAGAUGGAGGACCAGGGGAUGGGGACCAGAGAGGGACUCAUGGAGGAGCUAUUCCCCCAGAGCGGUGAGGGCGAGGCGGGCACGGAGAGCUGUAGAGGGGCCCACCGUAGCUCAAACCUGGAGAACAACACCGACAGCCUGGACAGGUAGGUGGACUGUGUGUAUUUGGGGUUUAUGCAUUUGCUCAUUCAUGUCACAUACAUAUUGCUCUAAUAAAGGACUAUAUCUCUCAAAGACAAAACAAUGCAUUUGUCAGCAAAAGCAAAUAAACAUAGUUUAAUGUCUUUAUGGACUUAUAUUAACAUUUACAUUAUUACGUAACAUAUAUUUACAUGUCAUUUGAAACAGUCCCUAAGUCUUGGGCUUCCUCCCUCCCCCAUCACUCCAUCUCCUCUCCUCCUCCCCUCCCCAGGCGUUCUGGUGCCAGCUCCUCCUCCCCUCCCCUCCCCCAGGCGUUUCUGGUGCCAGUCCUCCUCCCCUCCCCUCCACAGGCGUUCUGGUGCCAGCUCCUCUCCCCUCCCCUCCCCAGGGCGUUCUGGUGCCAGUUCCCUCCUCCCCUCCCCUCCCCAGGCGUUCUGGUGCCAGCUCCUCCUCCCCUCCCCUCCCCAGGCGUUCUGGUGCCAGCUCCUCCUCCCCUCCCCUCCCCAGGCGUUCUGGUGCCAGCUCCUCCUCCCCUCCCCUCCCCAGGCGUUCUGGUGCCAGCUCCAGUUCCUCUCCCCUCCCCCUCCCCAGGCGUUCUGGUUGCCAGCUCCAGUUCCUCCUCCCCUCCCCUCCCCAGGCGUUCUGGUGCCAGCUCCAGUUCUUCGUCCUCCUACUCUAUCUCAGCAGCCAAGGCUCAGGUCCUCACUCAGAUGAAAGACUACUGCUCAGAUGCCAGAGAUACUGACCAUGAUGACCAUGAUGACCAACUGUCUUAUAAGGUAAUAAACACAUACGCACACACACACACACACAACAUACGCACACACACACGGCGAUGAUGACGAGCUGUCUAACAUGUUAGGGAUAUUUGAAAACAUAAAUUGAUUUGAAUACUGCUCCAGUAUUGCAUUUUGUGGAAUUUAGAUGGCAUUGAUCCCACUUCCUAAAUCACUAAUGCUGAUAGUGAGAGAAAGAGAGAUGAUUAACAACUCUCUUCCCUCCCUCCCCGUUUCCUCCCCCUGUCUCUCCCUCCACUGUCUCCUCCCCCCGUCUCUCCCUCCACUGUCUCCUCCCCCCGUCUCUCCCUCCCCUGUCUCCCCCGUCUCUCCCUCUCCUGUCUCCCCCUUCUCCCUCCCCUGUCUCCCCCAUCUCUCCCUCGUCUCCCCCCGUUGUCUCCCUCCCCCGUCUCUUCCUCCCGUCUCUCCCUCCCGUCUCUCCCUCCCUGUCUCCCCCCCCGUCUCUCCCUCCCUUGUCUCCCCCCGUCUCUCCCCUCCCCUGUCUCCCCCGUCUCUCCCUCCACUGUCUCCCCCGUCUCUCCCUCCCCUGUCUCCCCCCAUCUCUCCCUCCAUCUUCUCCCUCCCCGUCUCUCCCUCCCUGUCUCCCCCCGUCUCUCCCUCCCCCGUCUUUCCUCCGUCUCUCCCCGUCUCUCCCUCCCGUCUCCCCCGUCUCUCCCUCCCCGUGUCUCCCCCCGUCUCUCCCUCCCCUGUCUACCCCCGUCUCUCCCUCCCCCUGUCUCCCCCCCGUCUCUCCCUCCCCUGUCUCCCCCGUCUCUCCCUCCCCUGUCUCCCCCCGUCUCUCCCUCCCCUGUCUCCCCCCCGUCUCUCCCUCCCCUGCUUCCCCCCGUCUCUCCCUCCCCUGUCUCCCCCGUUCUCUCCCUCCCAUGUCUCUCUCCCCCCGUCUCUCACUCCCCUGUCUCCCCCUGUCUCUCCCUCCCCUGUCUCCUCAUCCCCCACUCUACAGAAACAGUUGAUGGAGAGUCUGCGUAAGAAGCUCGGUGUUCUGAGAGAAGCACAGAGAGGUCUCCAGGAAGAUAUACGGGCUAACACACAGCUGGGAGAAGAGGUGUGUGUACAGUACAAACACACACACACAGAACCACCCACACACAUACAGUGGGGAGAACAAGUAUUUGAUACACUGCUGAUUUUGCAGGUUUUCCUACUUACAAAGCAUGUAGAGGUCUGUAAUUUUUAUCAUAGGUACACUUCAACUGUGAGAGACGGAAUCUAAAACAAAAAUCCAGAAAAUCACAUUGUAUGAUUUUUAAGUAAUUAAUUUGCAUUUUAUUGCAUGACAUAAGUAUUUGAUCACCUACCAACCAGUAAGACUUCCGGCUUUCACAGACCUGUUAGUUUUUCUUUAAGAAGCCCUCCUGUUCUCCACUCAUUACCUGUAUUAACUGCACCUGUUUGAACUCGUCACCUGUAUAAAAGACACCUGUCCACACACUCAAUCAAACAGACUCAUAACACAUGGCCACCCACACACAAUGACCACACACAAAAACACACACCAGCACAGACAAAGAAACACCAAACACAAAACACAACACACAAGAACCACCACACAAACACAAACACAACAACAACAACAGAAAACCACAAAAAAAAAACAACACACAAGAAAAACACCCCACACAACAAAAAAAACAAACCACCCAACACAAAAACACCACAAACACAAACAACAAAAGAACAACCACAACAAAAACAAACAACAAACAAAAACACCCACCAACAACAAACAACAAAACCACCAAACAACAAAACAAACAAAACACCACAACAACAGAACCACCACACAACACAACAACCACACCAAAAAAACCACACCACACACAAGAACCACCCACAACACAAAACACAACAACACCACACACACAAACCACCACAAAAACACACAACCACACAACACAAACCACCACACAACAAACCACCCACACACACAAAACCACACACAACAAACACCCACACAUACACAAACCACCCACACACACAAACCACCCACACACACACAACCACCCACACACACAUAACCACCCACACACACACAUAACCACCCACACACAUACAUAACCACCCACCCACACACAUAACCACCCACACACAUAACCACCCACACACAUACAUAACCACCCACACACACACACAACCACCCACACACACACAUAACCACCCACACACACACACAAACACCCACCCACCCACACACAUACAUAACCACCCACACACAUACAUAACCACCCACACACACAUCAACUCAGCAAAAAAAGAAAAGUCCUCUCACUGUUAACUGCGACCAUCACCCCUGGUGAGACAAAACCGCGACUCGUCAGUGAAGAGCACUUUUUGACAGUCCUGUCUGGUCCAGCGACGGUGGGUUUGUGCCCAUAGGCGACGUUGUUGCCGGUGAUGUCUGGUGAGGACCUGCCUUACAACAGGUCUACAAGCCCUCAGUGCAGCCUCUCUCAGCCUAUUGCGGACAGUCUGAGCACUGAUGGAGGGAUUGUGCGUUCCUGGUGUAACUCGGGCAGUUGUUGUUGCCAUCCUGUACCUGUCCCGCAGGUGUGAUGUUCGGAUGUACCGAUCCUGUGCAGGUGUUGUUACACGUGGUCUGCCACUGCGAGGACGAUCAGCUGUCCGUCCUGUCUCCCUGUAGCGCUGUCUUAGGCGUCUCACAGUAUGGACAUUGCAAUUUAUUGCCCUGGCCACAUCUGCAGUGCUCAUGCCUCCUUGCAGCAUGCCUCCUUGCAGCAUGCCUAAGGCAUGUUCACGCAGAUGAGCAGGGACCCUGGGCAUCUUUCUUUUGGUGUUUUUCAGAGUCAGUAGAAAGGCCUCUUUAGUGUCCUAAGUUUUCAUAACUGUGACCUUAAUUGCCUACCGUCUGUAAGCUGUUAGUGUCUUAACGACCGUUCCACAGGUGCAUGUUCAUUAAUUGUUUAUGGUUAAUUGAACAAGCAUGGGAAACAGUGUUUAAACCCUUUACAAUGAAGAUCUGUGAAGUUAUUUGGAUUUUUACGAAUUAUCUUUGAAAGACAGGGUCCUGAAAAAGGGACGUUUCUUUUUUUGCUGAGUUUAUAUACCCACACACACACACACACAACCACCCACACACACACACACACACACACACACACACACAUACAUAACCACCCCCACACACACACACACACACACACACACACACACACACACACACACACAUACACACACACACACACACACACACACCCACACACACCCACACACACACACACACACAUUAACAAUGUCUUCUCCCCUCUAGGUUGAGAGCUUGGUGCUAGCAGUCUGUCAACCCAACGAGGUGGAUAAGUUCAGGAUGUUUAUCGGGGACCUGGAUAAGGUGUUCAGUCUGUUACUGUCUCUGUCUGGUCGGCUACUGAGGGUCGAGAGCUCCCUGGACAACCUGGAUGCUGAGACUGGACACCACGAGAGGGUGAGGAGAGACCGACACAGACAGACAGACAGAGAAGGAAAGGACAACAUUAAAACAAACUUCUCUCUCCCCUCUUCCUGUCUCUCCACCCCCUCUCUCCCCCUCCACUCCUCCCCCUCCCUCCACCCCCUCUCUCCCCCUCCCGCCAUCCCACCCCAUCUCUCCUCCACAUCUCUCCACCCCUCCCUCCACCCCUCCCCAUCUCUCCUCCACAGCUCCCCCUCCUGGAGAAGAAGCGACAGCUACAAGUCCAGCUGUCUGAAGCCCAGGACCUGAAGGAACACGUGGACCACAGAGAGCAGGCUGUAGGAAGGGUGCUAGUAAGAUGCCUCUCCCCAGAACAGGUACCUAACACAUUAUUUUACUAUUCCACUUUUACUAGAGAUGUGGCUCAGUUGGUAGAACACGACGUUUGUGGGUUUGAUUCCCGCUGAAGCCACCCAUGUGAAAAAAAAUGUAUACACGCACUAAUGUAAGUUGCUUUGAGUAAAAGUGUCCGCUAAAUGGCAUAUAUUAUUAUAAUAUUACUAUACCAGUGUUAUUGUAUUAUCCUUGAUGUGUCAAUCAAUCCACAGCACCGUGACUACAGCCAUUACGUCAAGAUGAAGGCAGCAUUACUGGUGGAACAGAGACAGCUGGAGGAGAAGAUCAGACUGGGAGAGGAGCAGUUAAGAGGGCUGAGGGAGAGUCUGGGGUUAGGGUUCAAGAUGUCCAUG